UUGUGCUACAUAGCAAUUCUUUGCAGUAGUUGUACGUGGUUAAUAGUAAAUUUAAAUCUAAGGGAUAUCUGCAAGCCGAAUUUUAAAUAGGUACACAAUUGAUAUAAAUAAAUUUCAAUUUUUCAAUUUCUUAUCCUAACAAUUGAUCUUGUUAUCUGUUAAUAAUAUCAAAGUGUAACGAUGACUAAAUUAACAAAGGAAGAGUCUCGACUCAAAAUGAAACGAAUUAGGACGUGGGGUCCAUAUUUAGGUGAACGUCAAUGGGCAACAGUUCGAGAAGAUUAUAGUCCUAAUGGAGAUGCAUGGUCUGAUUUCCCAUUUGAACAUUCAAGAUCAAGAACUUAUCGUUGGGGUGAAGAUGGUUUAGCAGGUGUAUCUGAUAGAAGACAAUUUAUAAGUUUAUCAAUGGCACUUUGGAAUGGUCAAGAUGAGAUUUUAAAAGAAAAAUUAUUUGGGGUAACUAAUUCUCAAGGUAAUCAUGGUGAAGAUGUUAAAGAAUUAUAUUGGUAUCUUGAUAAUACUCCAUCUCAUUCUUAUAUGAAAUAUUUAUAUAAAUAUCCUCAAAGUAAAUUUCCAUAUAAAGAAUUAGUUGAAGAAAAUGUUAAAAGAUCAAGAUUAGAACGAGAAUUUGAAAUUACUGAUACAGAUUUAUUUAAAGAUAAUAAAUAUUUUGAUGUGGUAUUUGAAAUGGCAAAAGGUGAUGAAGAUGUUGAAGAAUUAAAUUUUAGAAUAACUGCUUAUAAUAGAGGUAAUGAAGUUGCUCCAUUACAUAUAUUACCUCAUUUAGUAUUAAGAAAUACUUGGGCUUGGGGUACUGAAGAAUCAGAACAAAUUAAACCAAAAUUAACAAAACUUAAUGAUUAUACUAUAGAAGUUUAUCAUGAAAAAUUUGGUAAACGUUAUCUUACAUUUGCUCCAGCUCCUGGUAUUGAUGAUGAUUCACCUGAUGUUGAACCUCAAUUAUUAUUUACUGAAAAUGAAACAAAUACAAAAAGAUUAUAUGAUCAACCAAAUAAACAUAAAUAUGUUAAGGAUGCAUUCCAUGAUUAUAUUAUUGAUAAUGAAAAAGGAGUAGUUAAUCCAGAAAAUUUUGGUACAAAAGCUUGUGCAGCAUUUACAUUUGAUCAACAAGGAGGAGUUCCACCAGGAGAUUAUGUUACUAUUAGAUAUAGAUUAAGUAAAUCACCUGAUGAAAUUGAUGAAAGAGAACUUGAUGAAAUUUUUAAUAGAAGACAAGAUGAAGCAGAUGCAUUUUAUUGGAAAGUUUCUCCAAUUCCAAUGUCAGAUGAAUUAAGACAAGUUCAAAGACAAGCAUUUGCAGGAUUAUUAUGGACAAAACAAUUUUAUCAUUUUGUUCAUAAUUAUUGGUCUCAAGGUGAUCCAAAUACUCCUAAACCACCUAUUAAUCGUGCUAAUGGUAGAAAUAAAGAUUGGACUCAUAUGUAUAUUGAUGAUGUUUUAUCAUUACCUGAUAAAUGGGAAUAUCCUUUCUUUGCAGCUUGGGAUACUGCUUUCCAUUGUAUUCCAUUUGCUAUGAUUGAUCCUGAAUUUGCUAAAAAUCAAAUUGAUUUAUUAACUAGAGAAUGGUAUAUGCAUCCAAAUGGUCAAAUUCCAGCUUAUGAAUGGAAUUUUGGUGAUGUUAAUCCUCCAGUUCAUGCUUGGUCAGCUUAUAGAAUUUUUAAAAUUGAAAGAAAAAUGUAUGGAGUUGAAGAUAUUGAUUUCUUAGAACGAGUAUUCCAUAAAUUAACUUUAAAUUUUGCUUGGUGGGUUAAUAGAAAAGAUGCUGAUGGUAAUAAUGUAUUUGAAGGUGGAUUUCUUGGAUUAGAUAAUAUUGGAGUUUUCAAUCGUUCAGAAGAUUUACCAACUGGUGGGAAUUUAGAACAAGCAGAUUCAACUGGUUGGAUGGCUUUCUUUUCAUUGCAAAUGUUAAAUAUUGCUUUAGAAUUAUCUAAAACUAGACCAGUUUAUCAAAAUAUUGCUUCUAAAUUCUUUGAACAUUUUAUUUUAAUUGCUGAUGCUAUGUCACAUGUUGAUCCAGAUUCAGAUUUACCUCAAGCAACUUUAUGGGAUGAAAAGGAUAAAUUUUAUUAUGAUGCUAUUAGAUAUGGUGAUGGUAAUACUCAAUCUUUACCAGUAAGAUCAUUAGUUGGAUUAAUUCCAUUAUAUGCUUCAUUAACUUUAGAACCAGAAUUAUUAGAGAAAUUCCCAGCUUUUAAAAAGAGAUUAGAUUGGUUUAUUAAUCUGAGAAAAUCAAUUGCUGAAAGAAAUAUUGCUUCAAUGGAAACUAGAGGGGUUGGUGAAAGAUUAUUAUUAGCUUUAGUUAAUAAAGAAAGAUUAUUAGAUAUUCUUGAUCGAAUGUUAAAUGAAGAUGAAUUUUUAUCACCUUAUGGUAUUAGAUCAUUAUCAAAAUAUCAUAAAGAUCAUCCAUUUGAAAUGAAUGUAAAUGGUCAAAAAUAUGUAGUUGAAUAUUUACCAGGAGAAUCUGAUUCAGGUAUGUUUGGAGGUAAUUCUAAUUGGAGAGGACCAAUUUGGUUCCCUGUUAACUUUUUAUUAGUUGAAGCUUUACAAAGAUUUUAUUUAUAUUAUGGACCUGAUUUAAAAGUUGAAUGUCCUAAAGGGUCAGGAGAUUUUUUAAAUUUAGCUCAAUGUGCUCAAGAAAUUCAACAUCGUUUAAUGCAUUUAUUUAUUCCUGAUGAUGAAGGGAAUCGUGCAUGUAAUGGAGAAAAUGAUUUAUUAAAUAAAGAUCCAUUAUUUAAAGAUUAUGUACCAUUUUUUGAAUAUUUUGAUGCUGAUACUGGUCGAGGUUUAGGAGCUUCUCAUCAAUGUGGUUGGACCGCAGUAGUUGCUAAAUGGAUUCAUGAUAAUGGAGUAUCAUGUCGUAUUCCAAAGACUCCAAGAUCAGUUAAAUCAAUGAUUAAUUUAAAUAGACGUUCAUCAGUACUUUUACAUGAUACAGAAGAUUUUUCAAGUAUUGGAGAUGAUUUUAGUCAAUAUUUACCAAAAGCAGGUCCAUUCCCUGGUACAUUAUUUAGAAAAAGAUCAGGUAAAUCAUUAUUAAAUCUUACAGUUGGAGCACUUGAUUUAAAUGAUGAUGCAGAUCAUGGUAAACAUCAUAAUAGUAUGAAAGAACAAGCUAAAACUGAUCAAGAUCAAGAUGCUGUUACAUUAAAAGAAGUUAAAGAUGAAUUAGAUAUUUUAACUCCUUCAUUAUCUCGAGCUUCAAUUGAAUCAAAAGAUGAAGGACUUAUACUUAAUCAAAUUAGAAAAGUAUUUAGUCGUCGGGCUGAAGAAGAAGAAGAUGUAUCUGGUGAUGAAUUUGAAACUAGAAAUUCUUAGAAAUAAAUAAAUAAAUAAAUAAAUAAAUAAAUAAAUAAAUAAAUAAAUCCCUCUAUAUAUGGUAAUUACAAU